AGCAUCUUUUCGGGCUUUGUUUGGUGGACGUGGAUGAGCUCCAUCACCUCCUCCAGAGAUGUGGACGGACAUACGGACGCUGCUGCUGCUCCAUCUGUUAGUGUCGAAGCUUCGCUUGUGUCAAGCUUCAGCUGACGAGUGUGAGGACGGACAGUUUCAGUGCAGCAACAAAAGGUGUAUACCGACCAUAUGGAGGUGCGACGACGAUGACGACUGUUCGGACAACAGUGAUGAAGAAAACUGCCCCAAGAAAACCUGUGCCCCAGCAGAGUUUGCCUGCUUGAACGGCCAGUGUGUGCCAGGACGUUGGCGCUGCGACGGCGAACCGGAAUGUCCUGAUGGAUCCGACGAGGCGGAGGAGACCUGCAGCAAACAGACGUGCCCUCCGGAGAAAUUUGACUGCGGGGGAUCCAACAACAAGUGUGUCUCAUUGUCGUGGAGAUGUGAUGGCGAGAAGGAUUGUGAGAAUGGGGCGGACGAGGAAGACUGCGCAUCUGAUGCCAAAGCAUGUCCCAGCGGUGAGUUCAUGUGUGCCAAUCGCAAGUGCUUGGCCACCGUCUAUGUGUGCGAUGGCGAUGAUGACUGUGGCGAUGGCAGCGAUGAGCUCAAGUGUUCCUCCCCUCUGUCCUGUGGGCCCAACCACCUCCGCUGUAACACGUCUGAGUGUGUGCCACUCAUGUGGAGCUGCGAUGGAGAUCCUGAUUGCUCCGACAGUUCUGAUGAGGGGCCAGAGCGCUGCGGCGGCAAUGGGGUGCCAUACCUGACCAACCGUAGGACCAACUGCACCGCUGGAGAGUUCCGCUGUGCGAACGGGGAGUGUGUGCGGCUGACGUGGAAGUGUGAUGGAGAUCCUGACUGCAAGGACAAGUCUGAUGAGUCUGAUUGUCCCCUGCUGACAUGUCGGCCUGAUGAGUUCCAGUGUGGUGACGGUUCUUGUAUCCAUGGCACCAAGCAAUGUAACAAAGUCCACGACUGUCCUGACCACAGCGAUGAAUCCGGCUGUGUCAACGCCACCAAAUGUGAGGGACCUCUGAAGUUUCUGUGUAAGAACGGAGAGUGUAUAGACAGCUCCAAGGUGUGCGACUCUGUCAAAGACUGCAAGGACCGCUCAGAUGAACCCAAGAAAGAGUGCGGCCUGAAUGAGUGCAUGAUCAACAACGGCGGCUGCUCGCAUGUCUGCAUGGACCGACCAAUCGGAUUUGAGUGUCAGUGCCCCACUGGAUACCAGCUGCUGGACAAAAAGACUUGUGGCGACAUUGAUGAGUGUGACAACCCUGAUGCUUGCAGCCAGAUCUGCAUCAAUUACAAGGGCGAUUUCAAGUGUGAAUGCUACGAAGGUUAUGAGAUGGACCCUGUAACUAAAACCUGCAAAGCAGAGGGAAAGAGUCCUUACUUACUGUUCACCAACCGGCAUGAGAUACGACGCAUUGACCUGGUGAAACGUGACUACAGUCAGGUGGUUUCCACACAGAAGAAUGCUGUGGCUCUGGACCUGGAUGUCGCCAAUAACCGCGUGUUCUGGUGCGACCGCUUCCACCGGAAAAUCUACAGUGCCUUCAUCCAUGAGGCCAGUGACCCGUCUCAGCAGGUUCCACUUGUGGAUUCAUCACUGCAAACCCCGGUUGGCCUGGCUCUGGACUGGCUCCAACACAAUCUGUACUGGACUGACUCUGGAGACAAAUCUAUCUCAGUGGCCUCAGUGGAUGGCACCAAGAGGCGUGUCCUCAUCGACACUGACCUUAGCGAACCUCGAGCCAUAGCGCUGGAUCCUCAUCAUGGCUUCAUGUACUGGUCAGACUGGGGCACACGGGCUAAGAUCGAGAAGGCCGGCAUGAAUGGAGUGGACCGACGAGUGCUGGUAGCUGAUAACAUUGAGUGGCCCAAUGGAAUCACUCUGGAUGUAGCCAACAGGCGUCUCUACUGGGUGGAUUCUAAGCUGCACCUCAUCGCCAGCGUGGACCUGAAUGGAGCUCACCGCAGAACACACCUGUUGUCUGCAGAGAGGCUGGGACAUCCUUAUGCUCUGGCUGUUUUUGAGGAUCGUAUUUAUUGGACAGACCGAGACAAAGCAGCUGUCUUCAUGGUCAACAGGCUGUCCGGUCAAGACAUCCACUCCCUGGCUGAGAACCUCAAUGACCCCCAUGACAUAGUGGUGUUCCACCGGCUCCGACAGCCACAAGGUCCAGACAGCUGUAACCUGGGCAGCGUGGCCAAUGGAGGGUGUGAGUAUUUGUGUCUUAAGGCUCCACAGAUCACUGAACACUCUCCUAAAUACACCUGUGCCUGCCCUGAUGGACAGGAUCUGGGGCCUGAUAUGAGGGGCUGUGUGCCAGCAGCUCCGAGAGACAUCCUCACACCUGCCACUGCCUUUACACCUGCCAGUGGAGGACGCGUGGCUCACGAUUUCUCACCACCUAUGGGGGGGACAUCACAGGCAGAUUCCUCCCUCUACUUGAACACAGCUGUCUCUGCUGCUCCGGAGCCCGUCAUCACGCUCAAACCUGUGUCUUCACAAGAGUUGGAGGUGCUGGGCUCCCACUCCACCGCCAUCACAAUGGUCAUCGGCACCACACCCGCAGGGGACAGCAGCAUCUCUCAACACUCUGGAAGCGAGCAUUUCCUCCUGGGUGAGAACCUGACAGUGGCAGUUUUAGGAGUGGUCAUCCCCAUCGUUCCUGUCGUUGCCACAGUGGUCUUCGGCCUGGUGUGCGCCGGCGUCUACCUGGUCUGGCGUAACUGGAGGCGCAACUCCACCAAGAGCAUGAACUUUGACAACCCAGUUUACCGCAAGACCACCGGCGAGGGUGAGGAGGAUGAGAUCCACAUCGGACGGACUGACGCCAUCGGACACCACGCCCACCAUCACCCCUAUCCGCAGGGUGUAAGUGUCGGAGUUGUGGGAGCGGGAGGUGGCACGUGCCCGCAGUUCAUAGCACUACCGCUAGGAGGCAGCAUGCCAGACCCAGGAACGCACUGGUACACGGAGCAGCCCAUGCUCACAGCCGCAAAGUGAACCACAAGGGCUCAGCGGCGGCUCAGGCACACACAGCGAGGUUACGGGUGACUUUGUAUUUGCUGAAGGAUGAUGAAACAUGCAACUCUUCACAGCCAUAUUGUGUGUACAGUUACAGCUGGAGUACUUAGACAAAGGUGAUGCUUCAGAAAUGUGUUGCAUACUGUGCAGGAGCAGCAUUCGUGUUGUCGUUGGUGAAUGCUGAGUGAUUUGUGUCUAACGUGGUACGCAACACCAACCAGUAUUGGAUUGUUGAGUCAGGCUGGUUCUUCUUCUGAGUGUGUUUUUUGUUUGUUUGUUUGUUUUCAGUGAGUGAUAAGUGGCAGGGAUUGUAAAACAUCGCAUUUCAUUCUUUAUGUAUAACUGUGGGGCUCUGUGUUGUUCCCGGUGAGCCGUGGAGCUCCGGGGAUACUGUUGGAGACGGAGGUGGUGUGAAACUCGUGCAGCCCAGCAGGCAGUGACAGAACAAUCUGGACAGAUUCUAUCAAAAUCACUCAUAAAUGUUAUUAAAGUUAGAAGCACGUGGAUCCAGAAGCUGCAGCACAUGCAACAAUUAAAUUUUAUAAUGUGGCUGCUGCAAA